GAGAGAGAGAGAGAGAGAGUUUCUGUCUUCCAUUUUGUGAGUUUUGAUGAUUUGCGAGAAGGGAGAAGAAGCAGCUAAGAAUUACAUGAACAUGGAGAGAAUCAGAGGAACAAGAAGGCCAACCAUGGCAGCAAGCAAAAACCAGAAGAGAAUCAUGAGAGAGCAGAGCAAAAAACACAGGAGGUACAGAAGAGGAGAUCAAGAUCAAGACAGCACAGAAGAGAGCUUGGGUUUCUCCGACCACCAAGCUCCGCCGCCGCUAAAGGCUGCCCGUGAAGUGAUCGGAGUUGUAGUUCCCAGAAAGGCUCGCUCAGCUGCUGGAAAGAGGUCGCAUGAAAAUUUCUCUUCUGGGAGUUAUGGAGGAGUUGGGGAGGAAGAACAGAGUCUUCAGCAGCUGAGCUUUAAAGCUGCGUCGCUUUCUUUCUCAAACGUUUCAUCGAGGAAGACGAUGAAACGAAAUGGACCCAAGAUUCAGUUUCCGAAAUCUUCGAAAUCUUCAGGGCCUGUAGAAGAAGAAGAGGACAUUGAGAUUGAGAUCGCUGAGGUUCUCUAUGACCUUAUGAAGCAAACCCAGAAUUCAAAAACUUCUAAGUUCGAAACUGAAGAUAGAAAUGAUUCCGAGGAGAAGAAAGCGGAGGAUGGAAGUGCUUCAAUGGCGGUUCAAAGCAGCUCAGCUGGUGAAGGAGUUGAAGUCGAAGAAAGUGACCAGCCAGAAAAGAUUGAAGCUUGCUCUGAAGGUGCAUCAGGGUCAAUGGACCCGCACGAGGAGAAAGCCGAAAAUCCAUACGUGGAAGAAAAGAGCAUCAUCACCACAAAAGGGGAGUUUUCGUGUGAAGAUUCGAAAGGGACAAAAGCGAUUUCAACUGGGUUGGAGCAUAAGAGGAAGAGAGAGGAGGGAAGAUUUGAAUUUGAUCUGAUGGCUCCUCCUCCUAUGGACCAGGAUGACGACUUUGCAGAUUCCGUAUCUGAUCCUAUACCUCCGACCCAAGAUGUAGAUAUGAAGAUCGAAGUUUUGGUAAAGAAUGAAGAGAAAGUGGAAAUAUUUCUGGAGGAAGUUGUGGUAGAAAAGCAGGAAGAGAAGAAGGUAAAUGAGAAUCCAAAUCAAGAUAGUAGCAGGAAAUCCACUACCAGAUUACAUGUUUCCAGUCUUUUCGCUAUGUCGAAACUUUCCUUUUUCUUUUUGCUGUUGUGCAAAUUGCAGCCUUCCGAUUCCCUUCUGCCUCAGCAGCCGCGAAAGAGAUGCGCAACCCACCGUCACAUUGCUCACAACAUUCACUUGCAUCAGAAGGUUGCACAGACAAACAAUUUCUGGCCAGCAGCAACUGGUUCUGUUCCUCAAUGUGGCACCAAGCCAGACAUCCCAUUGCUGGGAAGCUUCUUGGGUCCGAAUCUUCGACACUCGCAGAAAAAGAAGCAGGCUGCGCCGAAGUUUCUAAGUGAUAGUGGAAAAGAUAGAAGUUCCGAGGCUGGGAAUGUCGUAGAAACAUCACAUAAAUUGCAGCUUUCAGUUCAGCAAACUCCACAGCCAGCCUAUGCUGGUUACCAAAUGUUGCAGCAUGGACAUAUUUCCGCACUUCCUCGGGUUGAACAUCAAGCAGCAGUUGCACCAACCAGUAGUAAAUCCGUUGUGUUGGAAUUUGCACAAUCAACAAACAAUGCAGCACUCUCUAGCCAUUUAGCUGCUAGACCUCUGGAGAGUUCUUCAGUGAAUUUUAAUGGCUACCAAUACCCCAUUUCAGCUCAUAUACAAACACCACCAGUGUUUGGAGGAGGAAACCCUGCUCAAGCAUUGCCUUUAAUCAACGCGCCUUUCAUUUCAAAUCAAAUGUUUCACCCUUCCUAUGUUCAGCAGCAUCAAGUCCAACCGUCCCAUCAAAACGCAAAUUCAUCACCUUCUCACAGGCAACAAGAGUCCCAUAAACCGAGGGAAAUACAAUUUAGUAGCAACAAUUGUUUUACCUCACAAAAGCAACAUGUAUCCCCAGGUGAAAUGAACAUGGAGAAUGCCGCAUCACCUGCUGCCUCUCAUGCUCAGAACAGUGUUUAUGGGCAGAAUUUUUCGGUUCCAUUUCAACCCGUCAACUUUACCCUGAUGCCUUAUGUGACAAUGGGUGGCGGUGGCGGUGGUGGUGGCAAUGGAAACCACGUUGAGCAAUCACAGAAACAGGGCUUAAAGGGUGGAGUUGAGCUCAUCCCCUCUAAGGCAUAUGGCAUGUCAUUUUCCUCCGUCACUGGAAAUAACGGCUCGGGUUCAUGCUUGAACUUUUCAUCCAUGGCACAAAAUCCUGCAAUAUUUCAAAGCCUCCCAGAUACGGCCCAGCAAGGGUAUAAAAUCACACCAGCACCUCAAGCUGGGCAGCAAAAGAAUCACCACCACCACCAAAUAUCCCAAAGGAAGACUGAUGGUGGUUCGAACAACGCUGAUGAUGGGUUAAGAGCUGCUUCUGGGAAGUCUUCAUCAGGUACUGUGCAGAGGCAGACCCUUGUUUUCGACAAUUCAUCGAGAACUCUCAACUUCAUGUCAUCGAGUUCUCAACAGCAGAACCUGUUCCAGUUUCAGCCGCAGAACCCACAUCUGUUGCAAAAGCAGCAACCCGCUAUUGCUGCCAAGGUCCCGAAAAGCGCCCCAGUUUCCUCCAAAGCUCUAAUGCAAUGCAAUAGUCAUCACCAAUCUUCUCAGUUGAAAAACUCAAGAGCCAUGACUUCUCCCCUGCAACAAAGAAGAGGUUCACAAGGUCGGACUCAGAUAUCUUUCGGUGGAAACCUGAAAUCAGCCUCAGCACCACAAGGACAACAGAGACUCACUAACCACCACUCUUCAUCAAUCUCUGCAUUACAGUCACACCAAACCGAGAAUUCUUCGCCGAGCGGUAAUGGCCCAAUCUCCUCCCCUGCCUGUGGGAGGAACUUGCCAUCAAUCUUGAGCACGUGUCCCAGCCACAUUUCUGAACUCAAGUUCUAGCAGCAAAUGCUGUGACUCUGCUAAUUGCUUGCUCUGCAAGUCUCACAGUCAACAAUAUUCCCCAUCUCCCGGUUCUAAUUUUUGAUCCCGAAAAGGAUGGUCCAGCUCCGGCAGUGCGCUGUCUCGAAUCACGAAAACUUGUUUAAGUUCAAUAACUCUAGUUAUGGACUGAAAUUCUUUUUCUGUACAAAAUUAUGAACAGCAAUUUUAUCCCUUUUUUUUAGCUAUUUUUGUAUAUUAUUGCUUGUAAUUUUGUCCAACAUGCUUGAAUGGACUUGCAUUUCAAGAAUAAA